AUGAAGUUCUUCCUGUUGCUUUCGGCCGUUGGGCUCUGCUGGGCUCAGUACAACCCUCAUACAUGGCAGGGACGCACAGCUAUCGUCCAUCUGUUUGAGUGGCGCUGGGCCGAUAUUGCUGCGGAAUGUGAACGCUACUUAGCUCCGAAGGGAUUUGGAGGUGUUCAGGUCUCUCCACCCAACGAAAAUAUUAUCAUUAACAACCCUUAUAGACCUUGGUGGGAAAGAUAUCAACCAAUUAGUUACAAAUUAUGCUCAAGAUCUGGAAAUGAAGAUGAAUUCCGAAACAUGGUGACUAGGUGUAACAAUGUUGGAGUCCGAAUUUAUGUGGAUGCUGUAAUUAAUCACAUGUGUGGGGAAGGCAAUGGAGCAGGAACGAGCAGUACUUGUGGGAGCUACUACAACUCUCACAACAGGGAGUUUCCAGCUGUCCCGUACUCUGGCUGGGACUUUAACGAUGGGAAAUGUAAAACCGGAAGUGGAGGCAUCGAGAGCUACAAUGAUGCUGCUCAGGUCAGGGACUGUCGUCUAACUGGUCUUCUGGAUCUUGCACUUGAGAAGGAUUACGUGCGUACCAAGAUAGCUGACUACCUGAACCAUCUCAUCGACAUUGGGGUAGCAGGGUUCAGACUGGACGCUUCUAAACACAUGUGGCCCGGAGACAUCAAGGCAGUUUUGGAUAAAUUGCACAAUCUGAACACAAAGUGGUUCUAUGCAGGAAGUCGACCUUUCAUUUUCCAGGAGGUAAUUGAUCUGGGCGGUGAAGCAAUUAAAAGUAGUGAAUACUUUGGAAAUGGCCGUGUGACAGAAUUCAAGUACGGUGCAAAACUAGGCACAGUUAUUCGCAAGUGGAAUGGAGAGAAGAUGGCUUACUUAAGGAACUGGGGAGAAGGGUGGGGCUUUGUGCCUUCUGACAAAGCGCUUGUCUUUGUGGAUAACCACGACAAUCAACGAGGUCACGGAGCUGGAGGAGCAUCUAUCCUUACAUUCUGGGAUGCUAGACUGUAUAAAGUGGCUGUGGGAUUUAUGCUCGCUCAUCCAUAUGGAUUUGCACGAGUAAUGUCAAGCUACCGAUGGGACCGAAACUUUCAGAAUGGAAAAGAUGUUAACGACUGGAUCGGGCCACCUAAUAACAACGGAGCGACUAAGGAAGUGACCAUCAAUGCCGACACCACCUGCGGCAACGGCUGGGUCUGCGAACACCGCUGGCGUCAGAUAAGGAACAUGGUUGCUUUUCGAAACGUAGCUGAUGGCCAGCCUUUCACCAACUGGUGGGAAAAUGGAUCCAACCAAGUAGCUUUUGGAAGAGGAAACAAAGCAUUCAUUGUGUUUAACAAUGAUGACUGGACUCUGUCACAAACUUUGCAAACUGGUCUCCCAGCGGGCACGUACUGUGAUGUCAUUUCCGGGGAUAAAAUCAAUGGCAACUGCACAGGAAUUAAAGUCCAGGUUUCUGGUGAUGGCAAGGCUUACUUUUCUAUUAGUAACUCGGCUGAAGACCCCUUUAUUGCCAUUCAUGCUGAAUCAAAGUUAUAA